AUGGCAUCCAGUGAGCCCGCAUAUGAUCCUAAGAGAACAGAAUCAUGGCUCAUCUGCACAGCUUGCGGGACACAAUUUCCCACCGCAAACAGGCUAGAGUUGAAAACGUGCUUCAUUUGUGACGACCCUCGUCAAUUCACAUUACCGACUGGUCAAGCUUUUACCAAUCUUCGCGAUAUUCGUGCAGUUGCCAAAAACGUAUGGACACCCUUCGAAAGUGACGACAGGUUUGCAUCUAUUCAUACGGAGCCCAAGAUAGGCAUCGGUCAGCGGGCCAUCCUCAUCAAUACUCCAGAUGGUAACGUCCUUUGGGAUUGUCUCACUCUCAUUGAUGAUGAUACUGUCAACAAGAUUAAAGAUUUAGGUGGUCUCAAAGCUAUCGUCAUCUCUCAUCCGCACUAUUAUUCAACGCACGUAGAAUGGGCUCGCGCUUUUAACUGCCCCGUCUAUCUAGCUGCCGAGGAUAAGCAAUGGACGACUCAGAGCUCAUUGCACCAGGUCUUCGUGGAGGACAUAGAGCUUGACUUACAGAUCGAUGGCAAGUCUUCCGGUGUCAAAGCCAUCAAACUUGGCGGUCACUUUCCAGGAUCUUUUGUGGCAUUGUAUAAAGAGCACCUAUUCAUCGCCGACACGCUAGUUACAACGCCUUCGGGGCUAGGCAGCUGGGAUACGGAUGCCAUAGGAGCUGCGCGGGUCCGACCCGCGGGUCUAAAUAGCUAUUCGUUCAUGUGGAGUAUCCCGAACAUGAUCCCCUUGGCCCCGGAUGAGUUGCAGCGGAUGUGGAGUAUACUCAAGAAAUACGACUUUAGCUCUACGCACGGGGCGUUCCUCAAGAUGGAUAUUUUGAAGACUGUGCCAGAGAUGAAGCGUAGGGUGCUGGAGAGCAUGCAGAUCCAGAUUAAGUAUAUGGGUUAUGGUAACCAUGCAUUUUUGAAGGAAACUGUACCGUAA